UUCAGUGCUGACUGAAGACAGAAAAUACGAUAUAUAAAGAGUAGGAUGGUGUCAUUUUUUUAAACUUAAGAUGCUUCCUGCUGCUUUCCUUGACUUGCUCAUCUUGAGUUCUCCAAAGUUUAGAUUAACAAAUCUCAAGGGUUAAUAAGAGCAAUUAUUGUACCGGUAAGACAGGCAAGGGGGAUGCUAACCAGCCAGAAGGUGUGUAUGCAAGUCUAAAGGGCAUCAGGAUUGCAAGACUGGCUGGUUCUUGUUGGCUUCAACAACGAAACUAACUUUCCCCAAAUCUGGCUGGAUCUACAUCGACUACAAGCCAGGCCAGCUGGUGGUUGUUCUUUGGAUCUGUAAAAGCAAGGACAACAAGGACAUCUCAAGUUGAAGAUUAAAUCCAGCUACUUGUCAUCAACAACAUGGUAGUACACUCUCCAGUCAUACCCAUGACUAUGAGAGUUCAGGAUCUCUAAGAUUAAGCUUCAGUUACAACAGGACCAGCCGAGCACAAGGUCUCUCUGUUUUUCUGUGAGGAUCCAUGAAACUAUUCUGAUGGUAUCAGAUUCAGAAAUACACAAGGAGGUCAACAAGAUGGACCAGAUCUAAGCCAUUACAAGGCAGCACCAUAAGCACAAUAAAGAUUUCUCCUGGAAGAAGGACGAGCUUCUUAACUUGUGAUGGUGCCAAAAUAAAGAUCUAGCAAGUUGGCAGUGGCCAUUCUUAUUAUAUUUAAGAAAAAAUACAAGUAGUUCACCACCAAACAGUGAGACGUCAGUGAAUAUCAGAAAGAAAUGGCAGAGAUUGUGAUUCUACUAGCCGUUAAAAAGAUCGGAAACGCCUUGGCAAAUGGAGCAGCGAACAAGGCCAGCGCACAUUUUGCGAAGUAUGGGACACAGCUACUAGAGCUACAGGGCAGCAUGAAUCGUGUUGUGAGGGAGCUUCGCGUGAUGCAUGAUGUUCUCUGUCAAAUGGACAUUCGAAAUCGCAACAAUCAAGUAUACGAGGGAUGGUUGGAGGAGGUACGGAAAGUAGCACAUGUGAUGGAGGACAUGGUGGAUGAGUACUUGUAUCUAGUUGGUCGGGAACAUGAUAUAGGUUGUUGCUUUUACCUGAAAAAAGGGUUUAGAAAACCAAGAUCUCUUCUUUCUUUGAACCAGAUAGCUUUCAAGGUGAAGGAAAUAGAGAAAGACCUUAUGCACCUGUCAGAGACAAAAAACCGUUGGGUUCCCAUGAUAAUCAAUGGCGAUACUAGUAGCUCGAAUUACAUUGUCAAGAGGUCCCAAGAUCUAGCAAACAUUUCACGUUCCCUUGAUAAAGAAGAUCUAGUGGGGGUGGAUAAGAACAGAGAAAAACUAGGGCGGUGGUUGGCAGGUGAUGAUUUGGAAUGCUCUGUGAUAGCGUUGUUGGGGAUGGGAGGGCUUGGUAAAACAGCUUUAGCUGCAAAUGUCUACAGGAAGGAAAGAGAGAAAUUCCAUUACCAUGCCUGGGUCUCCAUCUCUCAAACUUAUUCAAGAGAAGAUGUCUUGAGGAGUAUAAUCAAGGAACUUUUCAGAGAUAAAGUCAGUGUUCUAUCUAACAUUGCGGCCAUGGACAUAACAUGUCUUGAAGAGACAUUGAAGAAAUUUCUGGAGGAACAUAAGUGUUUGAUCAUAUUGGAUGAUGUUUGGACACCAGAAGCAUUUAAUGACUUGUCUAGGGCACUUAUUCAUAAUGAUAUGGGCAGCAGACUGGUAAUAACAACAAGGGAAGGCGUUGUUGCUGCACUUGCUUCUCGAGGGCGUAUCUUAACACUGGAAGCUUUACCAGAAGAUAAGGCAUGGGAUCUCUUUUGUAAGAAAGCCUUCCCAAGAGAUAGAAAUCAUGAAUGUCCUGCGGAGUUGAGGCCUUUGUCUGAGGAAAUAGUAAACAAGUGCAAAGGCUUGCCUCUUGUUAUUGUGUUAGUUGGAAGCCUCUUGCAUGUGCGUGAUAAAACUAUGGAAGAAUGGAGAAGAAUAAAUGUCCAAUUGAAUUGGGAGCUGAUUAACAAUUCGAGUCUCGAUCACAUAAGGAAUAAUGUCUUGCAUUUGAGCUUCAUCUAUCUUCCAACACCCUUAAAAAGUUGUUUCCUAUACUGUAGCUUAUUUCCAGAAGACUAUCUUUUCAAAAGGAAACAACUUGUACGGUUAUGGAUAGCAGAGGGGUUCAUCGAGGAGAGGGGUGAAAGCACAUUAGAAGAAGUGGCAGAAGGCUAUCUGAAGGAGUUGAUUGACAGGAACAUGCUACAACUAGUUGAGAGGAAUGGAUUUGGUAGGAUGAAGAAAUUCAGAAUGCAUGAUAUUUUACGUGAAUUGGCCGUUGAUUUGUGCCACAAGAACUGUUUUGGUGUUACACGUGAGGCUAAUUGUGGGGGGUAUGUUGAGAUGGAUGGACGUCGAUUGGUAUUGCAUAAAUUAAACAAGGAUAUUCAGCAGUCAUUUUCUAGUAUACACAGACUUCGAACUAUUGUUACACUGGACAACAACAUGCCAUCAUUCACUCUACUACUUCUGCUAUGUAAGGAGUCAAGAUAUAUGACUGUGCUAGAAUUAAGGGGUCUACCCAUCAAGACAAUUCCAGAAGCUAUUGGAGAUCUUUUUAAUCUCCGCCAUUUGGGUUUGCGUAACUCAAAAGUGAAGAUGCUCCUGAGGUCUAUUGAGAAGCUUUCAAAUUUGUUGACACUGGACCUUUUUGCAUCUGGCAUACAUGACUUGCCUAGUGGGAUUGUGAAACUGAAGAAGCUUAGGCACUUGUUUGUUGAGAAAGUAAUUGAUCCAUAUUGGAAAGGGUUUCAAUGUAGCAGUGGUAUGUAUAUCCCCAAUGGUCUUGGAAAGCUAACAAACUUGCAGACGCUUCAAGCAUUGGAAGCACAAGAUGAUUCUCUUAGACAUUUAGGGGAGCUGAGGCAACUGAGAAGCUUGAGGUUAUUGAAUGUGAAGCAAAUGCAUUGUGGACGCAUCGGUGAGUCUCUACUUCAGAUGCGGUGUUUGUCCAACCUAUACGUGAAUGCAAGUGAUGAGAACGAGGUUCUCCUGUUAAAUGUCCUCCUGCCAAGCUUGCAGAAGCUAUCUUUGAGAGGACGGCUAGCGGAAGGGGCGUUGGACGAAUCUCCUCUCUUUCAAGCUGUUGGGGGGCAGAACUUGUAUUCAUUGAUUCUAUUUUGGUCGCAGCUCAGAGAAGACCCCCUGCCAUCCCUUUCUCAGCUGUCAAACUUGACUAGUCUACAGUUCACGAGAGCAUACAACGGAGAGCAGCUCACAUUUCUCAUGGGGUGGUUUCCCAAACUGAAGAUUCUUUAUUUAACAGACCUGCCUAAUCUGAAUCGGCUAGAAAUACAACAAGGUGCCAUGGCAAGCCUGGAAAAAUUAUUCUUAGUCAACCUCAACAACAUGACAGAGGUCCCACCUGGCAUUGAGUUCCUCAUUCCCCUUAAGUACCUAGCCUUGUACGAAAUCACCAGUGACUUCUUGACCUUGCUGCGCCAAUGUUCUGCAAUUCGAGGGACGCGGUGGGCCUAUUCGCUCCGAGAUUGACCUGCCACUCAUCCGGAAGUGUGUCGGCACGUCAGUGCUGGAAGGAAGAUGCUUCAUUAUUUGCACCCCAUGCAGAUCAAGGAAAAAUAAGGGUUGAAUUCAACGGACCUUCAGGGUUUCCUCUGCUUUGUCAAGACGUACUGUUGCACUGUUUGAUGCUGUUUCCACCUCCACUAUGGUGAAUGAAAUUCCAUGUUCACUACCGCUAGUACAGUUCGUACGCCUUUUCUUGUGAAAUUUGGAAAUAUUGCAUGUUGAUUAAUUCCGGCCAUGGCUUUUAAAUAGCAUGGCAGUUAUCGUAAGACUGACUGAGUUGCUUUACAUUCAGACUAAUUCCCAGUAGUAUGCUGUUUUGAAUUAUGCACUGAUGUCCGUGUGUGUGUGCGCGCGCGCUUGUUGUGAACAAUAUACGGCAUCGCCUAUUUCAGUUGUGACUGUUAACUAAAAAAAAACCUUGGGUUU